AUGACCCAAGCGUUAUCUGCAUCCUCAAUGAACGGCAUGAUGUCAGUUUCUGGGACAGCCGGAGCCAUAGCGGAGGAAGCAGUUAUGAAUGUGAAAACUGUUGCGGCGUGUAAUGGCCAGGAGCAUAUGGUGAAGAAGUAUGCAGAUCAUCUGAAACGUGGAUUGCGUUAUGCUAUUAAAUAUAGUUUCAUCAACGGGUUCUUUGAAGGCUUUAUGUUUUUUCAAUUGUACAUAUUCUACGCAGCUGCAUUUCUGUAAGU